UCGAUCUAGCAACUAAGGUGACCUUUUCGGCCGCUCGUCGAGUCGUGGUGGAGUUUCGUGUUCGCGGCAAUCCCUCGUUGCUGACUACAGCGUUCCUGCUGAAGCAGCGUCUGCGCCAAGUUUUGAAAUUCUACUGCAUAAAACACAGUCAAGAUGAUCGCGCGACUCGCCUCCCAAAGGGCGCUGCAGUGUGUUUCGAGGCAGUCCCGCAGCGGCGUGCGGUCGUACCACCCCCCUUCCCAGUACAAACAAGUUACCAUGGCUGACAUGCCCACCUUCAUCGGGCCGUGGGAGGAGCACUUUAGCAAGAGGCAGGCCAAGUUCAACGUUCAUCUGGCCGUGGGCGUUGGUUUCUUCCUCGUGAGCCUCGUCACUGCGAAGUCCCUGGGUACUUUGGACUAUGUUGAUGCCCCGCCUAUGAAGAACUAGAUGGCCUACACAAAUGUAACUUCUUGCGGGUUCAAGUAAUAAAGUUUGAAUUGUAAUUAUAGAA